AUGGAUGCAGAUAUGGAAAGCUUAAAAACACCAUUGGAGGGUGUUAAAAAGGACCUUCAAGGAAGAGCGGAGUUCUACAAGGAUGAUUGGACGACUGGUCUCUAUUCAAAAACGGCAAUAUUGGCCCCAACUACCUAUAUUUUCUUUGCUUCUGCUCUUCCAGUCAUUGCCUUUGGCGAGCAGCUAAGUAGAGACACAGAUGGAAGCUUGAGCACUGUAGAAGCGCUGGCUUCUACAGCUAUUUGUGGAAUCAUACAUUCAAUUUUGGGUGGCCAGCCUCUCUUAAUCGUAGGAGUAGCUGAGCCCACUAUCAUUAUGUACACCUAUUUGUACAACUUUGCCAAAGAGAAGGAUUCCGUGGGACGAGAACUCUUUUUAGCUUGGGCAGGAUGGGUUUGUGUAUGGACUGCUCUCUUGCUAGUUCUUCUAGCAAUAUUCAAUGCUGGAAAUAUAAUCAAUAGAUUCACAAGGAUCGCAGAUGAGCUUUUUGGCAUGUUGAUCACAGUCUUGUUCAUUCAAGAGGCUAUAAAGGGAAUUGUAAGUGAGUUUAAUGUUCCUAAAGAGGGAGACCCAACAUUGGAAAAGUACCAUUUUAAUUGGCUGUAUGCAAAUGGAUUGAUGGGCAUUAUAUUCACCUUUGGCCUUCUCUUUACGUCUUUAAAUAGCAGAAGAGCAAGGUCAUGGUUAUAUGGCACAGGGUGGCUUAGAAGUUUCAUUGCAGACUAUGGAGUACCUUUCAUGGUGGUGGUGUGGACAGCACUAUCAUUCUCAGUACCGAGUAAAGUGCCUUCUGGAGUUCCUAGAAGGCUCACCUCUCCUCUUGUUUGGGAGUCUACAUCUUUAUAUCACUGGACAGUAAUCAAAGAUAUGGGGAAAGUUUCUCCGUCAUAUAUUUUUGCUGCUUUUAUUCCUGCCAUAAUGAUAGCGGGGCUUUACUUCUUUGACCAUAGUGUUGCUUCCCAGAUGGCACAACAGAAGGAAUUCAAUCUCAAGAAACCUUCUGCAUACCACUAUGACAUAUUGUUGCUGGGACUAACGACUUUGCUUUGUGGAUUGAUUGGCUUACCUCCUUCAAAUGGAGUUCUUCCUCAAUCUCCUAUGCACACUAAGAGCCUCGCUGUUCUCAAGAAACGGAUGAUCCGAAAAAAAAUGAUUAAAAGUGCUAAGGAAAGCAUAAAUCUUAAAGCUAGCAAUUCUGAAAUUUAUGGAAAUAUGCAUGCGGUGUUUAUAGAAAUGGAUAACUGCCCAGAUAAUCAUUCAGUGGACAAAGAACUAGAGGAUUUGAAAAAUGUUGUCUUAAACGGUGAAGACAAUGGACAUGACAAAAAGAGUAACUUUGAUCCUGAAAAACACAUUGAUGCAUAUUUGCCUGUCAGAGUAAAAGAGCAGAGAGUGAGCAAUCUCUUACAAUCAAUCUUUGUUGGAGCAUCAGUCUUUGGCAUGCCUGCCAUAAGAAAGAUACCAACUUCAGUUCUGUGGGGAUAUUUUGCUUACAUGGCCAUUGAUAGUCUUCCAGGAAAUCAAUUUUGGGAAAGGAUCUUACUCCUUUUUGUAACACCUAGUAGGUGGCACAAGUUGUUGGAAGGGGAUCAUGCUUCCUAUGCUGAGUCAGUACCUUACAAAUACAUAGUAUUGUUUACACUCUUCCAAUGUAUGUAUUUCUUGGUUUGCUUUGGAGUGACAUGGAUUCCCAUAGUUGGAAUAUUGUUCCCCUUGCCUUUCUUUUUCCUGAUAACACUGAGGCAGCAUAUACUCCCCAAGUUGUUCAAGCCUCACCAUCUUAGGGAACUGGAUGCAGCUGAAUACGAAGAAAUAGUUGUUUCUCCAGGACUAACUUUCAAUAGGUCUUUCAAGGAGGGAGAAUCACCAAGAGAUGAAUCAAUGGAAAUAGUUGAUGCUGAAAUAUUAGAUGAGUUAACUACAAAUAGAGGGGAGUGGAGGGUUAGAAAUGUCAGCUUUAGUGAGGAAAGAAACCCCCAGGUGUACUCUGAGGAAACCGGAUCUCCAGAUCCAAAUCCAACUUGUUAG